AUGUUAGCAAUUAAGUCAUCAUGCAUAAAACUUCAUAGGCUUAUUUAUGGACAGAAAGUAAUUGCGGUACAAAUGGAUCAUCAACCGUUGAUUCCAAUAAUGGAUAAAGAAUUAAAUAAAAUACCAAAUAACAGAAUUAAUAGAAUUAGG